UCUCCUGCUGUCACAGUAGAGCCUAUAAAGAGAGAGAGAAAGAGAGUAGUAGCAAGUGACAAAUAGCAAAUGACAAGAUUUGGGAUUUGAAAAUAUAAUGAGCGAAGGCUUCAAUCUUCUUCUUCUUAUUUGAGGAAGAUGGCUUUGCUUGAAGAAGAGACUCAACAGCUACAAACACAUUCCAAUAUGCUUGAUGGUCUUUUGUGUGACGAGGAGGGUAGUUGUUUUGAGGAUGAGAGUGUUACUGAGUUUGAAAAUGCAAAAUGUGGAGAAAAGGACUCAGCUUUAUCAACUGUUGUUGUUGAACAUGACUUGUUUUGGGACGAUGCUGAGUUAUCAGCUUUGAUUUCGAAAGAAAAUGGGACUCGUGUUCAUGCUAGUGACUUAAUCUAUGAUGGGCUUUUAGUGUUUGUUCGUGAAGAGGCUAUAGAGUGGAUAUUCAAGGUUAAGGCUAUCUUUGGCUUCAAUGCUUUGACUGCUGUUCUUGCUAUCAAUUACUUUGAUAGGUUCAUUUCAAGCUUUAAGUUUCAAAGAGACACUCCAUGGAUGGGUCAACUUACUGCUGUCACUUGUUUGUCACUUGCUGCCAAAGUUGAGGAGACCCAAGUCCCACUUCUUUUGGACUUGCAAGUGGAGGAAUCAGAGUAUGUUUUUGAAUCUAAGACUAUUCAGAAAAUGGAGAUUCUGGUGCUUUCCACGCUUAAUUGGAGGAUGAAUCCGGUGACACCAAUUUCUUUCUUUGAUCAUAUCGUAAGAAGGCUUGGUUUGAAGACUCACCUGCAUUGGGAGUUCAUGCGUAGGUGUGAGAACUUGCUUCUCUCUGUCAUCGUAGACUCAAGGUUUAUAGCUUAUCCUCCUUCUGUAUUGGCUUCUGCAACAAUGCUGCAAGUUAUUAAGGAGGUUGAGCCUCUUAAUCAUGUGGAAUACCAAACUCAGCUUAUGAGUGUGCUCAAAAUCAGUGAGGAUAAAGUCAAGGAGUGUUACAUGCUUAUCCUGGAAGUAGCAAGCAGCCAUAGAAGGCGCCACAAACGCAGGAGUCCAUCUCAAUCUGCACCUGGAAGCCCAAACGCUGUUAUUGAUGCAUCUUUCAGUUCUGACGACUCAAAUGAUUCAUGGACUUCAUCAUCAUCAGUCUCAUCUACGCCUGUGCCUCGAUUCAAAAGGAUCAGAGCCAAUGUUCAACAGACGCCAGUACCUUCACAAAGUACGUUUGUGGAUGUGCUUAGCAGCCUGCAUUAAUCUAUCUUUCCUAGCAUCUACCACAGAACAUGUUAUUAUACUAUCCCUCUUUUAGUAUAUCUUUGAGGUGCAAAUAACUUUGUAUGUCAUGCUUUAUUUAUCAUUUCCUUUCUCGCCAAAACUUUGGUGUGGAAUCAAGGAAAGACAAGCUACAAUUCACUCUCUGCCUUGUUGAAUUUAGUUGGGAAAUGGCAUGGUUUGAGAAUGAAUGAGCAGAUUGGCGGUUUA